GCUUCCAGCACUGCGCUAGCAAACACAUUGCUGUCAAGCCAGUUGUCAUCAACCGAAUGUCAAUAUAAUUUCCAAAAUUACCGCCUUUUGCUUGGAGCUGACAGUAAAUUAAGGAGGCACAAGGAAAUAUUUGGAGAUCGUAACAAACGGAGUUUAAAAAUCAUUGUACAAACUAUAUUGUAGAUAAUUGUGAUGAAGCCGAAAGCGGAACUGUAUGGUAGUCAGAAUCCUGGACCAGAAAGAAUGGAACUUUUAGCAUCGGAUACGCUUUGUUCUCUGCACAAAUACAAUCUGCGAAGCAAAGGACCACCGAGAUAUGUACGCUUUUCUGAUGAUGAAUGUCCCAUUUGUCUAGAAGACUUCAACUCUCCGGUGAUAGUAAACUGUGGCCAUUCGUUUUGCAAACGCUGCAUCGAGAAGUGCAUGAAAAUUGGCAAACAUGCAGUAUGUCCGAUAUGCAAGGACAAAUUAGUUAAACGGCUAUUUCUGUACAAUCUGCAGCACUUUAAGCAUGAGAUCACAUCAAAUACUGAGUAUCGAAGUAGUACACCUACGGUGCAGAAGAAACAAGACACAAAACACUCGAACAAACCCAUGAAGGCAGCUAGACGAACAGUUGCUUAAAAUCCGUGAUGUCUGAAAAGAUAUGUAAUAUUGAUGUACCUAUAUACUGUAGCUUUAGCCUAUUGUUUUGUUUUUUCAAACGAUCUGAUUGUUUUGUUUAAAAUCUUAACAUUUUGCCGCCUGUUUCUUUACUCUGCCAUGCAAAUGUGCGCGAGUUUUUCAAGUAUGACAUGUCAUGUGUAAAUAAUUACAAAUAUUCCGAAUCGCAUGUUACAUUUUGUCGAAUUUCAUGAUUAGGAGGAACAAAGGAUCAAAUCAAAGGUGAUAAAA